AGACAGAUCGGGAGAAUCUGGCAGGGAGCGCCUCCCACGCGCGCUCUCGUCACACACCAUGCUCUCCGCAGCUGCCUCGCCGCCGCCUACUCCCCCCUUGCUGGCACCCCUUCCGCCGCGACAAGCGCCGCAGCAGCCAGCCGCUUCUCUCGCACAGCAUCCUCCUCGCCGCUCUGCUGUCUGCUCUAGCCCCGUGACCUCCCGGCCGCGCGUAGGCUGUUCGAUGGAAUGCCUCACAGGGGCACCGUAGCUGGAAGUGCCUGUCCGUUACCGCUCUGCCCGGCAGAACGCAGUAGUUUGCGACAGAACGUGUAUACGUAUCAACGUGUCGGCCUCUUCAAAUGUGCGGUGCACGUCUUUUGGGGUAUGAAUGAGCAGGACAUCGUUUCGGUGAACUCUGUCACGUCAGUGUACAAAGAUGAUAGCCAGAGCGAUGCAGUGUUCGAGUGUUUCCCGUUGGUUAGAAGCCAUGGGUUUUUGGUCGACAAGUGCAGUGUGUCAACGGUGCUUACCAUGUGCACAUAUAUCAAGGAUUUGGCUAAGGGUUACCAGCUCUUGGCCCUUUGCAUUAAAACAUGACUCCUGUCAUCUAUAGUGCUGUUUUCAGCAUGUUGUCCAUGUCUGUCAGAUUGCUUGAUGCCAUCAUGUUUUUCGAGGGAUUAACCAACAAAGUGGGACUCAGAAACAUGUAAUGCGAUGAUAUUGUAUAUACCAGAAGUGGUUUAAUGGAGCAAGCUCUGGGCCUCUUUGGGAUGGCUCUGUGAAAUGCUGUUCUUCCAACUGAGUUCACUUUUACAAGUGUGCUGAGAUGGAGCUUCUGUUUUGGUCUGAUGGAGCAGGGCACACAAAUCCAUGGGCUGGUAUAUAAACGUGGGUUUGAGGAUGAUAUAAUUGUCGCCAUUGUUCUCAUUGACAUGUAUUGUAAGUUAGGUUCCUUGAAGCAUGUCAGGAAACUCUUCAAUGGUGUCUGUGCCAAGGAUUUGCUGCUAUGGAAUACAAUGGUUGUUGGUAUAUCGCAGAAUGGGAAAGGCAGGGAAGCUAUUCCAAUUACCGAGGCUGAGGCCUCCUACUAAGUAGGAGCAUUUUGCAAAGUCAAAAUUCGAAAGGUGAACCUGUUCCUUUUGCUGGCUUUAUGAGUGCCUUUUAUUGUAAGUGUAUGAACUUGAAUCUUUCUGUACCAGAAACAUACUUGCAGGGAUUAUUAACGCAAGAAGAACAAGCGUGAAUGGGAUGAGCAAACUUCUUCGUGGAAGCGGACUUAUGGCUAUGAUCGUGUUAAUGACGAUAGAGACAAUCCGAUCAUUGAAGCCAGAAUCACAGAUGAGCCUGGUGUUGAUCCUUUUGCUCAAUAGAGGGAGGAGAAGAAGAACAGGUUGAUUAUCAAGAAAAGAACAUACUUUAGAAUUUAAAGAACGCUGCAAAAGUUAGUGCUCUGCCAAGUGCCGGAAAGACCAUUGAUUUUCGGGCAAGCAAGAUCAAGCAGUGCACAUGGUACCGACUUCGCAACCUCAGCCUGCAAUGGGUGAUGUCACCCCUGCCGGUUCACAGCCAACACAACCAUUCCCUGGCAAUCCAGCUCAGCUCAGUGCUCAGGAGCAGCUUAUGUACGAGCAGUCGCAGGAGUAUCAGCUGCAGCUCCAGCAGCAGUGCCAGAGGCAGCUCCAGCAGUUCUGGGCCGAGCAGCGGUCAGAGAUCGAGCAGGCCACCGACAUCAAGAACCACCCCCUGCCACCCACCAGGAUAAGGAAGAUCAUGAAGGCCGACGAGGACGUCCGCAUGAUCUCGGCAGAAGCUCCGGCGCUCUUCGCGAAAGCAUGCGAGAUGUUCACACUGGAGAUGACGAUGAGGUCAUGGAUGGUCGCCAAGGAGGACAAGCGCCGGAUCCUGCAGAGGAGUGACAUCGCUGCUGCUGUGGCUAGGACUGGCAUUUAUGAUUUCUUGCUGGAUUUAUUUACCAGCGAAGAGACGAAGCAGGGCUUCUUGCUUCCUAGGGCCGGGCAGGGGCAGCAGCCCAUGGGGGCUCAAGCUGGUGCAUACCCGUACUACUAUGCGCCGGAGCAGCAGGUGGCAGGUGCGUCUAUGGUGUAUGGUGGCCCGUCGACUUAUGUGUGGCAAGAGCCUCAGGUGCAAGAGCAGGGCCAUCCGUCCAGCACCUACGUGUGGCAAGAGCCUCCGCAACAGCAGGAGGGGCCCUGAAGCUAUCACCGGAUUCAGAGCCCUCGUUUCAGCCUGGACAUUUCCAAAAAACUUUGGGUUUCGCGUUAGCUUUCAUAUGAUCGUUAUUCGUCGUUUCAAACAGGUCGAAGUUUGGUUGCUGUUGUCAUGGUGUCGUAUGAGAGGUACUAUGAAUUUGUGAUUCGAGACUAAUUGGUCGAAUUUUACCAUUCCAAACCCAAAAGUUUGCCUCCGGUGUAUGCCUUGUUUUUAUUUCUAUGUAUUUGUGAUAUGUUUGCGUGUGGCAGUACCAUGAAUUUGUGAUUUGAGACUAAUUGGUCAAACUUUACCGUUCCAAACCCAAAAGUUGGCCUCUGGU